AUGGCAUUGAAACUAAAACUAAAAGUCAGACCAACAGACAGCUCAACAAAUCCACCGCUGCUUCGAAAUGAAGAGGACAUUACAACGAAAAAAGCACCUACAGAAUCUCCACAUAUACCUUCAAAACGAACCGUGGAAGUAAAAGAGCCCAAUCAAGAAGAAAAACCAAAGAAACUAAAACUAAGCCUAUCAAAGAGUAAGCCAACACACACAUCAGAUAAUGUAAAUAAGCCAAGAUUUGUGCCUCGUGUUAGGAUAAAGCCAACCAGGAUACCUGGAGAAGGCUAUGACUCCGAGGCACCUGAUUUGGAAGAUGACCCUUUGAUUGAACAAGGGAUAGUAUUGAGGUUCUUGGAUGAUACGAAUCUUGAGUUUGUGCACAACGCAGUUGAAUCUGGUGACUUGACAGGCCUCAAUGUAAAGUGGAUUACAAGAGACAAGGCCGUUGUUAAUGUUAAUGGGACUCUUUAUUCAGCAAGACUAAUCGACUUGCCCACGUUGGUAGAAGUUUACAAAACUGUUGACAAGAAAAACAUACUCAAAAAUAUGGACGUGUCACAGAUAUUGCUAGUAUUGCAUACCAUAAAUCCCACCCAGUUGAACACAGAGAAGGACUUUGAAGUUCCUGAUGAACUUUUAUUUAAGCACCCAUUUUAUGAUCAUGCCAAGAACCACGAAGUACCUCGAAAGCGCUACGUUUCUCGAAAUGGAGUGUUGGACCCUUUCAAGGAUGUUUAUCGCAGAUUCCGACCAACACGAGCUGAUCAUCGAGUGAUUCAAGAUAUUGAGGAUAGAGUUGAUGCUUUAAUCAAACUAGACAACGAAGCCGAAGAGAGUCACUUUGAACUAGUGAAUCCACUGUCAAUACCAAAAUAUGGCCAUUUGAGUAAUUCCCCAUCCGCUGCAGCGUCUCCAUAUCCCGAAUCAGUUAACCAAAGACUUGACAAACAGUUGAGAUUUGAGUCGGAAGGUGCUUCUGAGUCAAAGAAACAAAGUAUACAGGGUGGAAUCAAUGUUUUCGAGACAAGAGCAGAAGAGGAUAAUCAAUUGAAUGAAGAUGAUUUCGAAAUCAAUCUCGAGGAGGAGUUGAAUAAAGUGCUUGAUGAUAAGGACCCAUUAGCAGACCAUCAAGUGGUGACUGUGUCACCAGAAAUGGCAGAAGUACUACAAGACAAGGGAGCAUUACUUGAAGGUACUUAUGGUGGAGAUGGUGAGGCGAGUGAUGAACUAUUAUUUGGCGAAGUCGUUGAUGAUGAUGGUGAUGAUGACGAGGAUGAUGGGGGUCAGGAGGGACUCGGUGCCAACGAUGAUGAAGAGGGAGAAGAGGACGAUGAAGAAGAGGACGACGAUGAAGAUGAGGAUGACGAAGAGAAGGGGCAUGGAAAGGGAAGUUUACUGCACUCAAAAUUGUUGGAGGAAGAAAUCACAGAAUUGGAAAAAGUGGUGGAGAAACACAAGAAGAAUCUCAGCUCCACAACCGAUACCAUGAUGAAAAUGAAACUCCAGAGUAAUAUUUCAUCUCUUAAAGCAUCAUUGGAACAAAAAAAGCGGGAUUUGCUGAAGUCCAUUGUUAAUGAAGAGACCCUGGAAAAAAAUUCAGUCGAGGAUCGGUUUGAUGCGGAAUCAAGUUCAGACAAGACUCUGGGAAGUCGUCUUAAAGGGGUAGAGGAAGACGCUGGAGAUGAUGAAGAAGCAGAAGAUGUGGACGGUCUGGACAAUAACAAUGACAGUGCUGACUCUAUAGACGAUCUCUUUUGA